GUCGUGUUGAGCGGUGAUAGCUGCGUAAAAUUCUAAUAUUUUCGAUUCUAUAUUCGUUGCUUUAUUGUCGCCUAAAAAGCACGUUUUUUUUCUGAGAAUAAUGGAGGAUUUUGAGGAAACCGUAGUUGAGAAGUUCGAGGAGGUGGAGACAUUCGAAACCGUGAGCGUCGACACGGUGUUCGAGAAAAAUGCGGCCAACACAAUGGAGCUGCCGGAAAUCAAGUUAUUCGGACGCUGGUCCUGCGAUGACGUCACUGUCAACGACAUUUCACUGCAGGAUUACAUUUCGGUCAAGGAGAAGUUUGCUCGCUAUCUGCCCCAUACUGCCGGCCGUUAUGCCGCCAAGCGUUUCCGCAAGGCCCAGUGCCCCAUUGUGGAGCGCCUCACCUGCUCCCUGAUGAUGAAGGGUCGCAACAAUGGCAAGAAGCUGAUGGCCUGCCGCAUCGUCAAGCACUCGUUCGAGAUCAUUAAUUUGCUCACGGGCGAGAAUCCGCUGCAGAUCUUGGUCAGCGCCAUCAUCAACUCCGGUCCACGCGAGGACUCGACCCGUAUUGGACGGGCCGGCACCGUUCGUCGCCAGGCUGUGGAUGUGUCGCCACUCCGACGAGUCAACCAGGCCAUCUGGCUACUCUGCACUGGCGCUCGGCAGGCCUCUUUCAAGAACAUCAAGACCGUAGCCGAGUGCUUGGCCGAUGAGCUCAUCAACGCCGCCAAGGGCUCGUCCAACUCGUAUGCCAUCAAGAAGAAGGACGAACUGGAGCGUGUGGCCAAGUCCAACCGUUAAGAGAAGCAGACAAGCAAAUCGCUUCUCUUUAAACAUUUGUGCACUCCUGACAAAGGGGAUAUGCCAAUAAAAAUAUUCAUUUUA